CGUGAUCUGACGUAUUUUGCAAGUUUCGAAGAUGGCAGCGAGACCAAACUGGAGCUCGUUGCCCAGUGUCCUUAUUGUGGAUAUUUUAUCCUACCUUUCGCACAAAGACAGACUGAACGCUUCAUCAAGUUGUAAAAGAUGGAGGAACUGUCUAUUUCAUCCUUUAUUUUGGCAGAAGAUUAAUUUUAGAACAAGUUAUUCAGACAGACAGAGGACGAAGUUUUUGACAGACAGAUGUGGGAGAUUCGUCAGACAAGUGGUUAUAAAUUUUGAUUCCCACAACCACAAAGAAGUACGCGAAUGCUCACAGAUCUUAGAUGUUCUCUGUGGAAAUAAGAAUCUCACAAGUUUUUCGUUGUUGCCUUCAAGUUGUCACAUUGAAUGGCCUGAUACACAAUCGACGUAUUUUAUUGACAGGUUUUUAGACUGCAUUGAAAGUAUUAUUAAGAACAGCAGAAAACUCAAACACUUUUCCAUGGGAUUUGCAGAAGAGUUACUAGAACAUUCCAGUAUUAUCCUUGACCUACUUGGAAGAAACUGCUCACGUAUGUUAGAAAGUCUGCACAUUGCCAGCAUUAAAGAAGAUUCAGAGAACUAUGGUAUUAUUGAUCUCAGUGCCUCACAAUUCCUUACAUUCACAGCCUUGAGACAUCUCAGUGUUGACUAUGAUCACAUGAGUAAUGAACUCCUCUCAGCAUUUAGUUCAGGCUGUAAAAACAAACUAGAGACCUUAGUUGUCAACGUUCAUGGAAUUGACUCAGAGCAUGAAAAAGUAACAAACUACUCAUGGAUAGCAGUUAGGAAGAACUGCCCAAAGCUGGAGGUGACUGUCAACCUGAUUCAUUCCUAUGAUGGUGUACAAGGCCUCCUAGACAUCCUACAGCCAGCCUUACCUCUAACAUGUUUUAGACAAAUGUUCUGUACAGAUCUCAAUCCAUCGGCCAUCAAUUAUUUUUCAUCCCAUUACAAAGAUACCCUGAGAUCUAUUUACAUCAUUGAUGGUUUGAAUGAUGGCUUUCCUAUUCCUUACUUUAGUCACAUGGAAGAAGACACAUUUGUUAUGUUGGCAUGGAGAUGUACCAAACUUGAAGAAUUUACCUUGCUUGGGUAUGAGAUUUUGGAUGAUGAUAUAAUGGCUAUUGCCAGACUUCGUGGUGAGCAGUUGAAGAAAUUUGAUAUACCUCUGUCAUGUAUUGCCACUUUGGAUGAAGAUGAAGAAACACCAGCUCGAUAUGCUUAUGUGGAUGAUGAUUUUGUACUCAGUGUGUCCAACAGCUUACAGUGGCCUUGGUAUCCGAAAGACGAUAAUGAACUACCAUUAGCAGUAUUUGAUGCUCAAGCUGACGCUGAACUGGCCUACAUUGAGAUCUUACUGUCUGACCAGCAACAAAAGUGACCACCAACAGCAAACACUUAACGAAAAUAUCAUUGGAAUAGCUGAAUUAGGAAAAUUUCUCUUUAUCUGUAUUACAUGAAAUAUUUUUUCCAAUUUUGAAUAUUUAUGUCUGCCUUUUGUAACAGUAUGUAUAAUUUUCCAAUUUUGAAUAUUUAAGUCUGUCUAUUCCAAUAUUAACAGUUUGUAAAACUAUGUCUUCUAGUUGACAAGUUUUUCAUUUAUAUUUUAUUCAGACAAAAAAGUUAAAGUUAUCUUUUAGAUUUCAAAUAAUAUCAUUGUUUGUCUAUUUAAAAUAAUAUUGAAUCAUAGAUAUAUUAAAGAAACUAAAAUGGAAAAGAUUGUGAUUUAAAAUUUAUAUAAACUUAAUGAAUAAUUUAAAUAGUUCUGACAAAAGUUAAACAUACACUGAUUUUUCGUAGGAAAGGUUUAUCAAAGCUAUAAGAAAUAUGACAAUCUUGAAAUUAAAGAUGCAUACAUGUAAGGAUAUCAUUGGUGGUUAAUUAUAUAACACUGUUGAGUAGAGUUUUAUACCAUCACACUGAAGUCUGAUUAAGGAAAUCAAGGUAUAAUCAAAGAAAAAAAAAUAAUUUGUGAAUUUUAUCUCAUUAUUUUGUGAGGAUUACUUUAAGACUUUGAUACUAAAUAGGAAUUAUAUUAUCGUUACUAUGUUGUCAAAUCUAUUGAUACCUCUCAGUUUAGCCUUUUAAUAUCAGAAAUGAUUUAUAAAAUUGCAUGUUUAAACUUAUAUAGCUGUUCUCACUUUGGUCAGUGUUUAUUGAUCUUAUGAAAAUCAUAUAUAAGGACACCAUCAGAAUCAAAAAGUAUUUUGCUAACCAUCUAUUAUAGUGCUUAUACGUUUAAUGUAGUUCUAGUCAAGUCUUGCCGUAUUUAUUGUACUAAAAGAUCAUUCCAAUAGUCUUUAUAAGUGUUGACUCAUAGAACUUUUGAUAUUUAUACUAUUUAUUUAAUUUUUAUCAGUAUGAAGAAUGUUAGAAUAUGGCAAAAGUUUUAAAAUUAUAUUUAAACGACAUGUUAUCAAAAUAAUGUGAUAGACAUUUUGUGAUCUUUAAGUCUGAGGUCAUGUGAUACAGAACCAUACGUGCCAAUUAUAGAAAUAGAUCUGAGUGCAAUAUAUGUUGAUACAUCUUAAUACCACAAGAAAUGGUGGGAUAAAGACACAAAGGAUUAUUUUUAUUUUAUAAUCUGAAGAUUCUGAUGUUUUACUCCUAUAUAUCCUGUUGUUGUGAAUUUUGUGCUAUAUUUUAUGUGCUUGAAGAAUUUUACAACUUUAAACACCAUCAAAGUGCAUUUUAAUUACAUUGUUGUGUAGUAUUAAUUGAUAUUCUUUGAUGAAACAAAUGAAGGACUUUAUAUUAAAGUUUAAUUCGUGAACUAGGUUAAUGUAUUUUUAGCUUCCAUUUGAACCUAUUCAAUUUUUUAUAGGAGAAAAAAUAUUAAAUCAUGGUAGCUAACACGUUUUUAUGUUGCAAAAAAAUCCAAAGGACUAGCAUUUAAAUGGAAUUGACUUCUAAUGUUAGCCCUCAAGCAGCUUUUUGAAUAAUAAGGUGAUUUCUACACAAUGUUUUCCAUACUGAAGUGUAUUUCUAAUAUGUGUGAGAAAAAAAUUGCAAUUAACGUUGUAAGAAGUUUAUUCCUUGUUAUCAAAGGUGCAGUUAACUAUACAAAGUUGUCUUCUAUAUGACUUAUUUGUGAAUUGCUGCUCAAUUGACACAUUUUCCUUCAUUUCUUUCAUCAACAAUUAAGGUGAACAUGAAAAAGUAGCUAAAUCAGCAAGUUAAGAACUAGCUACAGUUUUCCUUGGACAAGUGCAAUCAAAAAUAAAAAUUUAGAAAAACCAAGAUCUAAGUUUUUAACUCAAUGUUGUUAUUUAAUUUGUUAUUUAUUUAAACAUCCUUGUUAACUUUGGUCCAUGUUGUACACUAAGAGACCAAAUAUUGUUGAUUUUUACAAAAAGUUCCAACACAUUCAUAUAGCAAGCCUUUGGUAUAAAUUAUAAAAGUGGGCAUUUUUAAAGGCGUAAAAAUAUCAGGUUUUCAAACUACAGAGAUAUUUUCUUUAUUAUUUCUUAUUCACAUUACUGACAGGGUUCAUUUCUUGAGAAUAUACAAUUGCAAGUUUGAAUGUAGGAGCAUCAAGUAGUGUUUCAUGUUAGUAGUUGGAUUUAAGACUAUUUCAUUGUAAACGUCUAUAUAUAGAGAGAGAAUUGACAGAGGUAGGCAAAGCUUAAAGAAUAAAGUAUUGAUAUAUACACUUGUUGAAAGAGUGCAACAAUUUUGGGGAAAAUAUUUAAUCUUAACAGUUUUGAAAACCUGAUAUUAAAAGUACUGCUAUAUGUUGUUUUAACAACUUGAUGUAAAUAUGUAUAUACGUUUAAUUUUUAUUAAGUUUGUUGUUUUAUUUUUAUUGUUCUAUAUUAUAGACAAUUACCAGUGUAUUCUGAAAUCUUCAUUAUUUUAACAAAUAUUGUGUAUUGAAGAUUUACUACAAGCUGGAAAUCUCUUGAAUGUUGACAUGAAAAUUCCAUAUUAGGUUAUUUUAUGGAAUUAGGUUAUUUUUUUCUGCAUCAGGAAACAUUUUAUUCAUAAAGAUGGUUUAGAAAGCUACGUUAGUUCUGGUGUAAUUUUAUUUAAAGAAAGAAAAAUAUGAUUUUCUCUUUUCUUAUAUAUUUUGAUUUCUUUGGAAAGUUAAAGAUUAGGGGAUAAUGUUAGUGAAGUGUUACAAUAAUUUUCUUCAAUAUUUGUUAUAAUAAUGAAUCAACACAUGUUAUAUAUGAAUCCACAUGUUUUAUAUAUGAAUCCACACAUGUUAUAUAUGAAUCCACAUGUGUUAUAUAUGAAUCCACACAUGUUAUAUAUGAAUCACAAAGUCAGUUGAAUUUUACCACAGUCUUUCUUUAUACAUGUAUUACAUUGUCAAAGAUCUUUAUGUGGGGCUCAUCCUUAAAUGAUCUCAAAUAUUCAACAGUCCCAUUUAAACAUGUAUGUACAAAAGUUUUACUGAAGAAAGAUGAAGAACAUAUCAAAUGAAGUUCAAAUGUGUUCGUAAAAUCUUUUCAGAAUAACAUGUAAUGUGAAUAUGUAGGCCAUAUCUCUCAACUUUUAAUAACGCCAAAAUUUUGUGAAAGAUAUUUGAAAUUAAAUCUGAUUCAAUUAUUUAAAUCACAGCAAUAGGAAAAUGAAAAAAAUGAUAUUAAAUACAAAAAAUAUAACAUAUUUGGUAUUUUCUAUUUUUUAUCAGUAUGAAAAUUGUUAAUUAAUAAUUUUUUUUAGUGACAAGAUCUGAAAAAUAUUCUAUUGAAAAUGCCAUUAUAUUGAUAUGGAACUCAUUAGUAUGUUGGUUACUUAUAAGAAUCUCAUAUAUGUUUACAAUUACCAUAGUAACAUUUAUUGUUGUCAUUAAUAUCUUGACAGAGACUCAUAGCUUUUGUUAUAGAUAUAUAUAGAUAAAUAUAUGUAGGACUCAAAUCUAUGGCGGGUUCCAAAUCUAUGGCAGAUUCCUAAUCUAUGGCAAAUGUAACGUUACAAACGCCAAACAACUCAAAUCUAUGGCAGAUUUUUGUUUACUCCAAAUUAAUCUAGGGCAGAUCUUGGGGAGAGUGUACCGUAUAACGUCACAAUUGAAUAACGCCAUAUUAAUCUUCGCCGCCGCUAACGAUGGCGGAACUCAUAGAUUUGAACACCGUUCAAAAUAAACUUAUUUUCCUGACAAAGAAUUGCCGGUGGUUUAAAGGAAGAUGUGACCUACUAUUCCAAAGAGAGACUAGAUGUGCUGUGCCGUUCAAUGCCCGCGAUGAAUAAUUAUGCAUUUUUCAUUUAUGUUUUUUUUGGGUUGACCAUUAUAGAAUGUUUAUUUCACAAAUGUUUAAAGACAUGCUCUCGUUGUCGUAUUUUUCCACUUGCUUGAGACAAUUCAUAGGUCGAGCAUGUACUGAUUGUUUUCCAUUUGCACAAAACUUGCCAUAGAUUUGGUAACAACAAAAAUCCGCCAUAGAUUAGGAAAUUACAAAACUUGCCAUAGAUUUCAUCAUUUGGGAUGGCAUGACGUCACAUUUACCACAGAUUAGGAAUCUGCCAUAGAUUUGGAACCCACCAUGGAUUUGAGUCCUUCAUAUAUAAUAAAUUAUGUCAAAAUAAGAUCAUUAUAAAUACGGGUAACAAACUUGAUACGAUGUGAUGUCAUACACGGGUGAUAUAUAGAAAUUUAUAUAAAUGUUAUAAACAUGCCUUGGUCAAUCAUGCAAUUUGCUGAUGUCUGUAAUAAAAUUGUGAUUAAGAUCCUGAAGAAACUUGACUGUAAAAGGUUUAUUUGUAAGAACCAUUAUUACAGAUUGAUAGUGUAUGUAAAAAAAACACACUUUCUUACAAAAAUAUUGACAUUGUCCAGAUGAAUUGGAAAUUAAAGAUGGAUGAAAGAAUAAUUUUAAAUGGCCAUAUGAAUCAAACUAGCAGUUCUUAAGUUAUUACUUCACCAUAUAAUUUUUCCAUUGAUGUAGACAUAUUUUAUUUUUAUAGCUUUUUGAUGCUCAAUUUUUGAAGUCAUAAUGCUUAUUUGUUUGAAAAAAACUAAAAAUUAGAAAAAAGCUACUUGCAUACAAUAAAUAUUUAAAUGAUGAUCAAUGGAAAAUAAAUAUACGGAAAAGUUACUUAUUGAUACAUUUAAAAGAAAUCUUAAGUUCAGGAAAUUUAAAUUUUGAUGUAUUAUGAUACAAUUUGCUGUAAUUUUUGUUUGUUCAAUAGUUUGCCUUGUGCUAUAAUGAGUGGAAAUGAUUAACUGUUAUCUAAUACAAAUUCAAUGUAUAACGAGAAUAAUAACAAACCAUGAACAGUCAAGUUUCUGAUGAUUUGAUAAAUAAGGAAAUAUUUAUGAAGCCUUAAGAAGAUGUUGUGUGAGAGGUUGUAAGCUAUCAGUUAUAGAAAAACUAACUUACUAAUGUGGUGGAAAAUUAGACAAAACUUUAAAAUGUGAACAACUAAAUAUGUGGAAUGUAUGUUAUUUAAUGUUGUGUAAAUAGUGUGUAUACAUAUUUGUUAUUAUCUUUAAAUCGACCAUUCAAUUAAUGUAGUAUCAAUGGGCUCAGCUCAUUUGAACAAAAAUAGGAUCAAAAACAACAUUGAAUAGUCACUUGACGUCAUUUAAUUUAUUAAAAAGACCUGUAAACAAUAUAGUAUUGCCUUUAAAUAUACUUAUGUUUAAUUGAUUGCAAAACUUUUUUCUAACACAAUUUUUUUCAAAAAGAUAAGGUCAAAUUUUAGGUCAAACUCAUUGUUCUCAUCUGUGAAAAACACCAUUAAUUUGGAUAAUACAUUAGUCUAACAUGUUUGUCUAAGUAUUUAUAAUACCAAGUCAAGAAUAUUUCAAAUAAUUAUUUUUUCCUCUCUAUAGCUAUGUAGUAUUGCUAUGCUUGUUUCUCAUUUUUAUUACCUGAUUAUGGUAACUGUAAUCUUGUCCUUCAUAUUCCUGAAAUAUUUGGCACUGUUGCCUCUGUAGUAUGUUAGUAAACAAGAUUUCCUUAAUCAAUUUAUAACAGAAUUUUAAAGAUAUAUCUUUCAUUUUAAAUUGGUAAUUACCUGUUUUAUUAACAUAUAUAUACAUGAUAUUUGCCAAACUUUAUUUCUUCCACCACAAAUGUAUAUAUUAGUGUAUAAGUGAAAAUGAGAAUGUCAUUUGAAGGUCAUGUUUUUGCUCAGAACCUUCAGAGUUCACUUUGAAUAUUAUUUACUUUUUGGAAGAGAAAUAGUGAAACUUAUAAUUGUUGGAAUAAAAAGACUGUGUAUGUGCAUUUUAAAAACAUUUUGUGAAUGAUAUUUAUCUUUGUCAUCUGAUAAUAAUUAUCCAAUAUCAGAUAAGGGCAUUUGAAAUCAAUCAUAUAAAAAAUGUACAGGGAAACUGUUAUAUCAGGAAUAUGCCAUUUUUAUCCAAUAAAUCCCUUCCUGGAUGUUAUAUAUGCUUAUGUGUAAUAAUGUUGUGUAUAUAGUUGUUUUAUUUAUGCUUUAAUUGUUUGAUGUAUCCAAUAUGCUCUAGAAAGGAGCACAAGGUGCUGAGAACAUCAUUGGGGAGACAACCCAUGAAUCAACAAAAUAUAGGCUUGUUCAUCAAUAUAGUAUGAUUAUUCUUAAAUUAUUGUUAUUGGAGAUUUGAUGCAAACGUCUCAAGACGGAAAGAGUUUGUUAUAUUUUAUAGUUCAUGAAGAAGAGAUACAUACAUAAAAUAAUCAUUUCACUUUAAAAAAAAAAAGACGUCUUCCUCAAACUGUCUCUUCAAAGUGAAUGCAUAUACAUGAGAUAUGUUUUAAAGUGUAAAAUAUAUAACUGUUUAAAAAUGAACAAGUGUAUUGAGAAUUUUUCAUAUUGAAUAAUCAUACUAUAUUUUGACAACCAAGUAAGAAUGAUCAUAUUGUAUAAAAUAUAAUGUCAAUUGUGUGAUUUUAAGAAAGACCCAAAUAACAUCAAUCAUGAUGGACUUGUGGUAAAAACAUUCUAAUACCAAAAUGUGUUCAAACGAAGUCAUCACCGACCCAUGUGACAGUCAAUCUAAUUUACAUAAAUAACCCAAGUAAGACGUGAUUUUACAGCUAGGAAAUUUUUAUUCACUAAAAUUUGCCUCUUUGUUGCCAUAAAAUUUCACAUCAAUGGAUAUAGGUUCUUAUUCAAGCAUAAGAAGUAUUUUUGAAAAUAUAAGUGUUUGGACAUCUUUUUGAUUUUCAAAGGGAUGAGAGGGACAAACAUCAGUGAAAAGUUUCUUAAUAUAUGCGUCUUAAUUUGUCUUUCAGAAAGAUCUGGAAAUAUAAAUCAUAUAGUUUUGUCUCUAUUAAUUAUACCAAUAAAAAGGGAUUGUUCUGUAAUCAUUUGCAGGACAAAGUACGAAAAGGGGACAUAUUUUGGAUUUGAACAUCAUUGCCAAUAUAGUUACAAAAAUGUAUAGAUAUAUUUAAUGUUUAUUUAAAAACCUGGAAAAUAAGACAAUUGAUAAGCUACGUGACAUUCCAACAUAUAUAGCUUGAUUGAUAUGAAGAUUAAAACAUUCCAUGAUUGACUGUCUCAUGAUAUAUAGGUACAUAUAUAGUGUAUAUCUGUUACAGCUAAUGUUUAUGUGCUUAUUAAGGAACCUUGGCAAUGGAUACCAACUGUCUUUCAUUAAGUGAGAUCCUGUCAUAAACUAGUCAUCAGACAAGAUAUGGCACUGGUGACAGGUGCUAUCAUUUACACUGGCUGAAUAAACCAGUUUAUAUCUCUCUUACCAUCAACCAAUUUAUAUCUCUCUUACCAUCAACUAUAGGGGCGAGAAACCCAGUUCAGUACAAAUAUUAAAUGUUAUGGCAGAGGACCCAAAAAAUUGAGUUCAAAUUCUAAGCAAAUUGUCCAUCAUCAUGAUAUGGUUAUAUCAUUACAAAACUCUUACCAUCAACCAUAGAGGCAUUGUUUAGAAACCCAGUACUGUACAAAUGUGUUAUGGUGGAGGACCCAAAAAACUGAGUACAAAUUCUAAAAAAAAAUCCAUUAUGAUAUGAUUAUACUUUAAUGAAAAUUGUAUUUGCACAACUAAUCAAUAAAUCUUUAUUGAUAAUGUGCUAAAUAAAAUUUUGGGUAAUCAUAACUCAAUAAAGGAGUAGUAGGCCACUGAUGUAGAAAAGGUCUGAAGAGAUUAAAUGGUUUAUUUAGCUAUUGUAUUGUGUUUUGUUUUAAAAACAUACAAGUUAAUAUCAGUUUAAAAUAACAGUGCCAAAGUCAAGUCCAUUAAAGACUCAUGCCUUUGAAACAACUUGUUUGUUUUAUCUUGUUAUAAGUAGAAUUGUUACACAAGAAAUGUUUUAUGAUUUUAUGUAUAUUAUGGAAGUUGAUAUCUGAAGUACAAUAAAGAUGAGCAUCUGUGCUCCA